UGCUCACUUUUACAAAAUAUGAUGUCCAAAACGGUUCGUGGCAUUGCUUUAAAUAAGCGCUCAAUACUUCAGAUGCUCGAGGCUUCAGCAGAACUCGUAUCGCCGUUAAAUGUGCCCGCAUUUAUUCGAUAUGUUUCGACUUCAAUAUUGCGAAAUAAUCCAAUAGAAAACGUUAAAACUGAACAUUUUAAUAUGUUACCAAUACAAAAUGAGCGUAUGUUAAAAUACGAGGCGGGAUCUGAAGAGCGUAUUCAAGUGAAAGCAGAACUAUCGAAAAUUCUUAAUAAAAUAGAGCCUAUUCCUUUUGUAAUAGGCGGCAAGGAAAUUUUUAAGAAAUGCGAGCUAGUUCAGAUAGUACCUUACAAUAUAGAACAUUUCGUUGCACGUUACUCUCACGCCAAUAGAGACUUAAUAGAACAGGCUAUUAGUGAGGCUAUUGUUGCGCAACAAACAUGGGAUAAAACGUCGUUAAGGGAGCGCAUGGCUAUUUGGGAAAAAGCAGCUGAUCUAAUUGCUACGAAAUAUCGUUUAAAGAUUGUGGCAGCAACUAUGCUUGGCCAGGGAAAGACUCUCUGUCAGGCGGAAAUGGAUGUUGUUGAGCUGGUGGACUUCAUGCGUAUUAAUCCUAUUUUUUUACGUGAUCUAGCCAAUUAUGAGCCAGCGAACGAUCAACCCGAGACAUGUCGCAAUCAUAUGGUGUUACGCGGACUUUCUGGUUUUGUAGCCGCUAUCAGUCCAUUUAAUUAUACCAGCAUCGCUGGCAACUUGGCGUACACACCGGCCUUAAUGGGCAACGCUGUGGUCUGGAAGCCGUCGGACUCCGCAGUUUUGUCAAACUGGUAUGUGUUCCAGGCAAUGCGGGAGGCUGGUGUACCUGACGGCGUAGUUAACUUCGUCCCAGCUGAGCCCACAACUUUUGCCACGGCCGUAACUUCUAACCCUCAAUUGGCGGGCGUUCACUUCACCGGGACAUCUGCGGUUCUGAAAUUGCUGUGGAAAAUGGUUGGGCAGCGGAUUGACACCUAUAAGAACUAUCCACGUUUGGUUGGCGAUUGUGGUGGCAAAAACUUUCACUUUGUGCAUCCCUCGGCAAAUACAGAGGUUGUCGUAGCCUGUACUGUGCGAGCAGCGUUCGAAUAUGCCGGCCAGAAAUGUUCGUCUUGCUCUAUGCUGUACGUGCCCGAGUCUUUGUGGAAAAAGAUCAAGACACCUCUGCUGAAUAUUACAAAACGGCUGUUUAUCAGCGAUGCAACUUACUGUGACUGUUUUUACUCGGCGCUCAUUGAUAGGAAAGCAUAUAAUCGGCUUUUUACAUAUCUGAAGUACAUACAUAACAGCUCUGAAUGUAAAAUGUUAAUUGGCGGAACUUGCUCCAAGGGACGCGGCUACUAUGUUGAUCCCACCAUUGUACUGGUUGCAGAUCUCGAUAAUUUUCUGUGCAGAGAAGAACUGUUAGGCCCCAUACUUUGUGUCUAUAUCUAUCAAGAUGAAAACCUUUAUAGAAUCAUGCACAAAAUUACUGAAGUUAAUCACGGUCUAACGGCCUCUGUCUUCGCCACGGACAAUAACUUUAUCAAAAGGGCAUGCGAGAUAUUUAAGUGCAACGUGGGCAAUCUUAACAUAAACGAUAAGUGUACUGGCCUAAUGGUGGGUCAGCAACCAUUUGGGGCUGGACAAAUAACUGGAAGCAAUGAAAAAUUGGGUAGUCCACAAUAUUUGCUACGGUGGACGUCGCCACAGGUCAUAAAAGAGUCAUUAAUUCCACACAUCAACGUCUACUAUCCAUAUAUGGAGAUUAGCGAAAAUAUUUCAAAUUUAAGUAAAACAAAGCCAAAUUUUGAGGAAAGUGAAGAUUGCGAAUUAAAUAAUCAAUAAAUUUCGAGUUCAAUAUAAAA